AUGACGAAUUUGGCAAAAUUGGAUUUUGUCGCCCUUGACAUCUCUGGCAAGAACUACCUGUCUUGGGCCCUUGAUGCAGAGAUUCAUCUCGAAGCCCAAAACCUUGGGCCUACAAUCAAGGAAGGAAACUCAGCAUGCCCGCAGAAUAAAGCUAAGGCUAUGAUUUUUCUGCGCCACCAUCUCCAUCAGGGAUUGAAGGACGAGUACUUAACUGUCAAAGACCCACUUGAGCUAUGGACAGGUUUGGCAGAUAGGAUCACCUCCCAAAUGAAUCUUUGUGGAGAAACUGUAACUCAGGCCAUGAUGCUUGAAAAGACCUUCUCCACCUUUCAUGCCUCAAAUAUGGUCUUACAGCAGCAAUACAGAGAAAGAGGAUUCACCAAAUAUUCUGAUCUUAGCUCUUGUCUUCUGGUGGCUGAGCAAAACAAUGAGCUCUUAAUGAAGAACCAUCAUGGUUAUAGCAAUAGACGUGGUGGAAGGCAUGGCAAAGCCCGUAACCGUGGUCAUAGACGUAGUCAGGGUCGACAAAAUGGCCAAGCUCGUGGGGGCUACAACCAGCAGUUGGGCCCAAGGAACAAUGCCAAGAUUACUAAAGGAAAUGGUCAGAUGAUCAAACCUCAUAAAAAUGAAGAUAGUGUUUGUCUUAGAUGUGGUGGUAAAGGCCAUUGGGCUCGCACCUGUCGUGCAGAAGACCAUUUGGUGGCCUUCUACAAAGCUUCCUUGAAAAAUAAACAUGUGGAGACAAACUACAUUGACCACUCUGACCCUUGGGAUUCAUCUGAGCCUAUAGACAUUACUCCACUCGAUGUCUCAGAUUUUUUUGCGAACAAUGGAAGCAAUUUUGAUGAUAUGACCAGUGGUGGAAUUCUUGACGACUACUAG